UAACGUAAUCAUAAAAUUAUCUUCUCGAUUUCUAAAUCUUGAGAUUCGUUUCGGCCCUUCACCACACACCUCCUUCAACCCGGAAAACAGCAAUUCUUUAGUUAAAAUAAACUAUUUGCAUAUCCUAAAGGGUAUUAUUUUAUACUAUUUGUAAUAUAUAAUCAUUACAAGCGUUGAACCUGUUUCAUAUGCUUGAAAAUCAAUAAUUUGAUUGUGGAUUUGUUGACAGCUAACAAACCGUCGUUCUACAGUGAUCAUUGACAUGCGCAAUCAUUCCGUUUGUGGCCUGUAAAAGUGAUCCUUGAUAUUUUUUUUUUUUUCUGAGUGGUCUUUUCACUACUUUCCUUUUCCACCCUGCAAAUCUGUCGAUUUUCUGAAAACUGCAUUGCAGUCCGUUGAUCAUCAGUUGGUUCUUCUACGUUUAAUAUUUUUCUCUUUUCAACAGUGACUUUCCUUGCUGGUCCAAUUUUGUCUGAAUAUUAUAUAGAUUCUGGUCUGCGUUGUUACAUUGUUUUAUUUAUUUUUUUGUGAUUCUUUAUUCACUCAGCAUCAGCAUUGUUUUUCGUUCCUUGUGUAGAACUAUAAUUCCGUUUAAGUGGCUUUACUUACUAAUUAUUGUUCUCAAAUCCUAAUUUUCAUAAAAGGAAAAAUUGGCUUUUUUUUUUCAUUGUUUCCUGGUUUUCCGUUUCCUAUUUCAUUGUUCACAUACUACGCCUCGUUUCAAUCUUUUUGUCUUACAUAUAAACGGUUGUUUACGAUGGAUAAUCAUAUUCAUGGGGUUCCCGCCGUUAGCUCCAAAAGAGCCGCAGCGAUGAAUGCUUUACCGAAAAUUAAAAUCUCCGAUCCUCCCAAUCGUCAUCCUAAUCUAAUUGAUGCCUUCAUGCAAUCUCCAUCUCAUCAGACACAUCCCAAAUCAUCCGUAGACCCUGUUGGUUCAACAUUUUCUCCUCAUAUUUCCUCAUCGGCGCUAGGUCCUAAGCGCUCUGCAUCAGCUCGCAAACCCUUACCUACGUCUCCUAAUCGCUCAAGAGAACAUGGUCUCCGUGUUCCUGCUACUAGCAGUCCUCUCAACUCAGAUGAUAAACCUCGGGAACGGAGGAAGGUUAUUGGGAACUAUGUGCUUGGUAAAACCAUCGGUGCUGGAAGUAUGGGAAAAGUGAAAGUCGCACAUCAUAUAAAAACUGGGGAGCAAGUGGCCAUAAAGAUCGUUACACGACAGAAUCCUGAUAGUCAGAAAUUAAAGAUCCCCAGUCAAGAGACUUUAAAGGCUGCUCAGUCUGAAAAAAACAGAGAAAUUCGCACCGUUCGCGAAGCCGCUUUGUCAACUCUGCUGCGACAUCCAUAUAUAUGUGAAGCAAGGGACGUUUACAUCACAAGCAGCCAUUAUUACAUUGCCUUUGAAUUCGUCGAUGGUGGUCAAAUGCUUGACUAUAUUAUAUCGCAUGGCAAACUAAAGGAAAAGCAAGCACGUAAAUUCGUCCGCCAAAUUGGAAGUGCAUUGAAAUACUUACACCAUAAUUCUAUCGUUCAUCGCGAUUUAAAAAUAGAAAACAUACUUAUUUCGAAAAACGGUGAUAUAAAAAUAAUUGAUUUUGGUCUUUCCAAUUUGUACAUGCGCCAGUCCAGAUUACGAACUUUCUGUGGUUCUUUAUAUUUUGCUGCUCCAGAGCUCUUGAACGCUCAACCUUAUAUUGGACCUGAAGUCGACAUUUGGAGUUUUGGUAUCGUGCUAUACGUUCUCGUUUGCGGGAAAGUACCUUUUGACGAUCAGAAUAUGUCAGCAUUGCAUGCUAAAAUAAAAAAGGGUACAGUCGAAUAUCCGUCGUAUCUUAGCGGUGACUGUAAAAGUUUACUUUCCCGAAUGCUAGUUACUGAUCCUUUGAAACGCGCCAGUUUAGAUGAGAUACUUAAUCAUCCUUGGAUGAAUCGUAAUUAUGAUGGUCCUAUGCCGUCCUUCGCUCCAGAACGGUCACCUAUUACUUUACCGUUGGACCAAUCCAUAAUCAAGGAAAUGAACGGUUUUGAUUUUGGGCCACCGGAGAAAAUAAAUCGUGAGCUAACUAAGGUUAUCAGUAGCGAGGCUUAUCAAUCGUUAGCUAAAACCGGUUUUUACUCUGGCCCUAUAUCUGCUGAUAAAAAGAAGACUUUUUUUGAAUUUCGGAUCCGGCAUGCUGCGCAAGACAUCGAGAAUCCUAUUUUACCUUCUCUUUCUAUAAGUUCAAAUGUUUACGAUGCUUUUCAUCCUUUGUUAUCGAUAUACUAUCUCGUUUUAGAAAGAAAACAAUACGAUAGGGGUGGAACUUGGAAUAGAUUCGUGAAAACCCCGGUCUCCAGUGUUCCAUCUUCACCAAUACAGACACAAAGCUUUAGUCGAUCGCUUCCUCCUAUGCCGGAAAUCUCCGACAAUCCUGUAAUUACGAAAGCAAAUGAACCUAAUGAUGAUGAUCUGUCUCGUAUAACGAGAAAGUUAUCUCUUGUGCGAGGUAAGCCUUCUCCUGAGACACAAUCACACUUACCUUCUCCCUCUACAUUGGAGAAGAAGUCAUCAAGUAUAUUUCGGAGAUUUUCUAGUCGUCGUAAACAAAGCCGAUCUUCCAGUUCUAAUCGAUCUUCUAGCUCUACUCUUCAGAUUAGUGCACCCCUUGAAGCUACUCAAUCACCGGUUGUUCCUCGAACUAAAGUGAGCUCUAAACCUCCCAUUUCUUACAAAAAUAAAGUAUUAAAUUCUGGAAAUAUAGGACGCUCUACUUCUGUUCGUGAAGGAAGAUAUGCUGGGGUUGACAAAGCUUUAGAUUCACCCGUCAAUGAUAGCACUUUGACCAGUGGUGUACCUCCAGCUGUACAACACAACAGGUUAUUGAAUCCGAGAGGUGCAUCCUUAGGUCGUGGCAAAAUUGCCGAUGCCACUUUUAAGCAGAAACAAGUUUUGAGUGAUACAAUGGGUGAACCAAUUGGUAAGCAUGCUGAAGCAAAAUCGCAAGAAAAAGUGGAUCCAAUUAAACCUGUAUUCUUGAAGGGCUUGUUUAGUGUUUCAACUACCUCUACAAAAAAUACGGAAACUAUACAGCGCGACUUAAUUCGCGUAAUGGAACUGUUAGAUAUUGAGUAUAAGGAAAUUAAAGGUGGUUAUUCCUGUAUAUACAGACCUCAGGGUAAUGUUCCUAAUACACUUCUUACUACACCUGCGAAAGCAAAUAAUAAUCAAUCUCGUCGUCUUCCCUCCGGUGGUUCAAGCUUUUCAACAGAAUCAUACGGAUAUGUACCGGAUACUGUACAAGUAGGGACUUCCGAAGAACCGGUAUCUUCAGUCCUUAUGUUUGAGAUAUAUAUUGUGAAAGUACCAAUUUUAUCGUUGAGAGGUGUUUCAUUUCACCGUAUCAGUGGAAACUCUUGGCAAUACAAGACCUUGGCCAGUCGAAUACUCAAUGAGUUAAAACUGUGAUUAUGACAAUAAUUUUUGGGAGUUUAAUUACAUUCAGUUUAUUUUUAUUUAUUUAUUUCAUAUGCCCAAUCAAAUGUGGCUUCAGUUUUAGCAUACUUCGAUGAUAGUUUCCAUGCCUAAUUUUUUACUCCAGCAAUGUUAAAUAUUAAUGUUUAGAAAUUUACCUA